AUGGAAGCAAAUCCUUUUGAUAGCGUUAAGAAAGAUCUCGCAGUAGGAGACAAGACCUACUCUUACUAUGCCCUCCCUGAACUCAACGACGACAGAAUCGCCAAACUGCCAUACAGUAUCAGAGUUCUCUUGGAAUCAGCAGUCAGAAACUGUGAUGAGUUCAACGUAACCAAGGCUGACGUCGAAAAGAUAUUGGACUGGGAAGCCAACUCGACAAAGGCAGUAGAGAUUCCAUUCAAGCCAGCCAGAGUUAUCCUCCAAGAUUUCACUGGAGUCCCCGCAGUAGUUGACUUCGCUGCCAUGAGAGACGCCAUGAAGAGACUCGGAGGGGACGAGAAUAAGAUCAAUCCUCUUUGCCCAGCCGACUUAGUCAUCGAUCACUCCAUCCAAGUCGACGUCGCCAGGACUGAAGACGCCAAAGAUAGAAACGAAGAGAUCGAGUUUGAAAGAAACAAGGAAAGGUUCCAGUUCUUGAAAUGGGGACAGAGCGCUUUUGAGAACUUCCUCAUUGUUCCUCCAGGAAGUGGUAUCGUCCAUCAGGUCAACCUGGAGUAUCUUGCCAGAGUUGUCUUUGAGAACAACGGAAUCCUUUACCCAGAUUCAUUGGUCGGAACUGAUUCUCACACUACCAUGAUCAACGGACUCGGUGUCGCUGGAUGGGGAGUCGGAGGUAUCGAGGCUGAAGCUGUCAUGCUCGGACAAACCAUCUCAAUGGUCUUGCCAGAGGUUGUCGGAUUCAAGCUCACUGGAGAGCUCAGCCCUCACAUCACUGCUACUGACUUAGUCCUCACUGUUGUCCAGAUGCUUAGAAAGAGAGGAGUUGUUGGUAAAUUUGUUGAAUUCUUCGGAAAGGGAUGUGCUUCAUUGACUCUUGCUGAUAGAGCCACCAUUGCCAACAUGGCCCCAGAGUACGGAGCCACCAUGGGAUACUUCCCAAUCGACGAGAAGACUAUCGAUUACUUGAAGCUCACUGCUAGAGAUGCCCACAACAUCGACAGAGUUCAAGAUUAUCUUGAAGCCACUGGACUAUUCAGGACUUACGAAGAAGAAGCUGUGGACCCAACUUACUCUGGUGAUAUCUUGGAAUUGGAUCUCUCCACUGUUGUCCCAUCUCUCUCAGGACCCAAGAGACCACAUGAUAGAGUCGACAUGGCUUCAUUGAAGCAGGACUUCACGGAUGGUUUGACAGCUCCAGUGAGUUUCAAGGGAUUCGGACUCAGCGAGGAAGAAGUCAAGAAAGAGCACACUUUCUCAUUCAAAGGAGAAGAAUUCACUUUGAAGAAUGGAUCACUUGUCAUUGCAGCUAUCACUUCAUGCACCAACACCUCAAACCCAGAUGUAAUGCUUGCUGCAGGACUCGUUGCUAAGAAGGCAGUCGAGAAAGGCCUUACCAUUAAGCCAUACAUUAAGACUUCACUUUCUCCAGGAUCUGGAGUUGUCACUAAGUACUAUGAACUCGCUGGAGUCAACGAGUAUUUGGACAAACUCGGAUUCACUACUGCUGGAUACGGAUGUAUGACUUGUAUUGGAAACUCAGGAGACCUCGUCCCAGAAUUGCAUCAAGCCGUUGAAGAGUCAGACCUUGUCGUAUCUUCUGUGCUCUCAGGAAACAGAAACUUCGAAGGAAGAGUCCACCCAUUGACCAGAGCCAACUACCUCGCCUCUCCACCAUUGGUUGUUGCAUACGCUCUCGCCGGAAGAGUGGACAUUGAUUGGGAAACCGAGCCAGUCGGCAAAGAUACAGAUGGAAAUGACGUAUUCCUUAGAGAUAUCUGGCCUUCCAGAAGCGAAGUCUCAGAGAUCACAAACUCAGUUGUGAAGCCAGAAAUGUUCUCUGAGAUCUACGGCAAGAUCUCCAAGGGAACUGACAGAUGGAACGGACUCGAAGCUCCAGCAGGAAAGCUCUUCGAGUGGAGUGAUGAUAGUACCUAUAUCCACAACCCACCUUUCUUCUCAACUAUGGAGUUAGACUUGCCAUCCAUUAAUGACAUCAGCAGCGCCUACUGCUUGUUGAACGUUGGAGACUCCAUCACCACCGAUCACAUCUCUCCAGCAGGAAAGAUCGCUAAGAACUCGCCAGCUGCCAGAUAUCUUGAAGCUAAAGGAAUCGAAGCCAAGGAUUUCAAUACCUACGGAGCCAGAAGAGGAAACGACGAAGUUAUGGCCAGAGGAACCUUCGCUAACGUCAGACUUAUCAACAAGCUGGCUGUUGGACAAGGACCCCAGACCCUCCACAUCCCAUCUGGAGAGACUGUGCCAGUCUUUGAUGCCGCCAUGAAGUACAGAGAUGAAGGCCAUCAGUUAAUUAUUUUAGCAGGAAAAGAAUAUGGAAGCGGAAGCUCAAGAGACUGGGCUGCUAAGGGCCCAUAUCUCCAGGGAGUCAAGGCAGUCAUCGCCCAGACUUACGAAAGAAUCCACAGAUCUAACUUGGUCGGAAUGGGAGUUCUCCCUCUUCAGUUCAAGGAAGGAGAAGGAGCUGAUGAACUCGGAUUCGACGGAAAAGAGCAAUUCUCAAUCAGCUUGAACGGAGGAGACUUGGAAGUCAACCAAGAGCUCACUGUGACAUCCUCCACUGGGAAGUCUUUCAACGUUAUCGUAAGGCUCGAUACCGCAGUAGAAGUUGCUUACUUCAAGAACGGAGGCAUCCUUCACUACGUCUUGAGAAAGUUGCUCAAGCAAUAA